UUUAGUGAAGUUGAUGCAAAUGAAAGAAAAUUUGUUGAACGAUUACGUCAAGCUGUUGCUAUUCCAAGUGUAUCUGGAGAGCCUCAACAUCGAGCUGAUGUCGUGCACAUGGUAGAAUGGACUAAGGAGCAUUUGGAAAAACUGGGUACAAAAGUAGAAUUACAUGAUGCAGGAGAGCAAACAUUAUCGGAUGGUUCUAAAAUCAAACUGCCACCAAUUCUUUUUGGAACUCUUGGUGAUGAUAAAUCCAAGAAAACUCUUCUCAUUUAUGGCCAUUUGGAUGUGCAACCUGCUAAAAAAUCAGAUGGCUGGAAUACAGAUCCGUUUAUCUUAACAGAAAAAGAUGGGAAAUUGUUUGGACGUGGCUCCACUGAUGACAAAGGACCUGUAAUUGGUUGGAUAAAUGCAUUAGAAGUGUUGCUUAAAGCUGGAAUUCCGCUACCAGUGAAUAUAAAAUUUUGUUUCGAAGCAAUGGAAGAAAGUGGCUCAAUAGGAUUGGAAGAAGUGCUGAAUAAAAAAAAAGAUGACUUCCUUAAUGAUAUCAGUUUCACCUGCAUAUCUGAUAGUUAUUGGCUAGGGAAAACUAAACCCUGUAUUUCAUAUGGCUUGAGAGGGUUAUGUUAUUAUUUCAUUGAAAUAAGUGGUUGCAACCAGGAUCUACAUAGUGGUGUAUUCGGUGGUUCCAUGUAUGAACCAAUGUCAGAUGUAGUUUGGAUCAUGAGUCAAUUAACUGAUUUAAAUGGAAAUAUUAAAAUAAAAGGUAUCAAGGAUUUAGUGGCUCCAGUAACCAAAGAAGAAGAAGCAUUGUACAAAACUCUUGACUUCAAUAUGGUAAAGUACCGUACUGACAUUGGCGCCUUCAAAUUAGUUAGUGAUUCAAAAGAAGAAAUCUUAAUGAACCGCUGGAGAAAUCCAUCUCUUUCAUUGCACGGAAUUGAAGGAGCAUUUAGUGGUGAAGGUGCAAAAACAGUUAUCCCAGCAAAGGUUAUUGGAAAGUUCAGCAUUCGACUUGUACCAAAUAUGGAGCCAGCAAAGGUGGACCGACUUGUCGUAGAUUACUUGAAUGUUUUAUGGAAAACCAGGGGAUCUCCGAAUCACUUUGAAGUGAAGCCACUUCAUUCGGGUGUCUAUUGGUUGUCUGAUUUUAAAGAUCUUCAUUAUCAAUGUGGAGCGAGAGCUAUAAAAAAAGUGUAUGGAGUAGAACCAGAUUAUAUUCGUGAAGGUGGUAGUAUACCAAUUACUCUAACAUUUCAAGAAUUGACUGGAGGUAGCGUACUUCUUUUACCUAUUGGUGCAUCAGAUGAUAUGGCACAUUCACAAAAUGAAAAAAUGAAUCUGACAAACUAUAUGCAAGGAACUAAAUUACUUGGAGCAUACUUGCUUGAACUUGGAGCUCUAUAA